UAGAUUUUGGUGUUUGAUUUUGCAUAACCAUUCGGUAGCAUCGUUCCAUUUAAAUUAUUAAGAAUAUUUUUAACAUUCUAAUAAGUUCAUUAUUUUAAUAAAAUUUCGACUCACAUUGUAGAUGAUGAACUUUGAUAAAAAAAAUCUGUACAAAAACAUUGUGCGUAACACAGCGUAGCGUUAGUCUCUCGGUGUAAAUACGAAAAUGAAAACGUACAUUAUCUUGUCCCAACGAGUAUUAUAUUUUGAUAUCAUUGCGUCGCAAAACAAAACUUUGCGCCUCGCGAGGAAAAACUAACGCAACCACGACGUUUUCAAGAGCAUUUCGGCGGAUGCACUGCGCAAUGUUUGCCGAAAAAUGCGAGGCACGACUGAAAAAAUACGUACAUGACCAAUCGGAUUCUAAAUAUCUCGCGGUGCAAAAAUACCGAGGCGUCGAGAGGUGGAAUAAUUCGAGGCUUUAACAUAAUAUAAUCAAUUGUCAUUGAACGAUAAGGGGGAUCGAAUAACGCAUUGGAUGCUUUCGAGGAAGAAAAAACAAAUCAAUUGUUGUAAGCAUGUCGACUCGACUUGCUGUGCGAUCGGACGCGCGUUUCUAACGGGUCACAAAAGUUCACGCGAAAAUCAUUUCAUUCGUUGUGUCAUAAUAUUAAUCGUAAAGCGGAGGUGCAAUAAUGGACACCGGUCAGCAAGCGAGUAUUCCAAAUCCUAGACAAAGAGCCAAUAUCGCUUCAGUGUUGUUGUGGUGCUGGACGAUUGGUCUGUUCAAAAAGGGAUACAGAAAAGUAUUGGGUCUCGAUGAUCUGUACGAGCCGUUGCGCAACGAUCGUUCGAGUGUACUCGGCGAUCGGUUAGAAAGACGUUGGAACGAAAAUGUCAAGAAGGCCAAAAGACUCGGAAAAUCGCCGAAUCUACUGAAAACGAUCUAUCGAACCUUCAUGUACGAGUACAUCGUGCUCGGAUGUAUACAAUUUCUCAACGAAAUCAUCGUUGGGAUAGGCACACCUCUGGUACUGGGAGCUCUGCUGCAGUACUUCAAAGCCGGUGAAAAAGUGACCGGAUCGUCGUACUACAAUGCCCUGCUCUACGCCGGUGGAAUAUCACUGGCGUCGGCCGUCAACGCGAUCGCGAUCAAUCAGUCGAUCUUCAGGUCUUUUCACGCGGGUGGUCGCAUCAGGAUUGCCGUGUGCUCCCUCGUCUACAGAAAGUCGCUGCGACUCAGCAAAGCGGCUCUGAAUCAAGUGUCCCCCGGCAAAAUCGUCAAUCUCACGGCCAACGACGUCAAUCGACUCGAGUACGUGUCGAUUUUUUGGCACUACAUGUGGUCGGCUCCGCUGACGACUUUGACAAUCACCGUCCUUCUUUAUCACGAAGCUGGUUAUGCCGGCCUCAUCGGUAUUUUCAUAUUGCUGGUCAUCGUUUUUAUUCAAGCAUUUUGUGGCAAAUUGGCAUCCAAGUAUCGCACUCAAACAGCUCAAAAGACCGACGAGCGGGUUCGCCUCAUGGACGAGAUCAUCUCGGGCGUACAAGUGAUCAAGAUGUACGCCUGGGAAAAACCAUUUUGUGCCUUGGUCCAACUCGCUCGGCGCCUCGAGCUCAAGAUCGUGCGCAAGAGCUCGUACCUGCGCGGCAUGUUUAUCUCGUUCAAUCUGUUCACGACGCGGCUGGCCCUGUUCGGCACCCUCGUCAGUCUGUCGUUUCUUGACUCGAGCCUCAUCACGGCCGACCGAGUCUUCGUCUACACGUCGUACUUCAAUCUGCUGGCGCACGUCAUGUCGAACGCCUUCGUCAGGGGCAUCGUCGAGGUGGUCGAGUGCGUUGUGGCGGCGCGUCGGUUGCAGAAUUUCUUGCUGCUCGAUGAGUUCGAUCGACAAAACGUGAAGAGUAACGUUUGCUUGACCGAUAAGACCGAUUCGAGGAGUUUGUAUUUAUCGAUGAUCAACAACGACGUCGGUUUCGACGAGAAGGUCAAUAAAAGCAAGAAAAAACUCAAUCUCACUCUGGUGACGAGCAAUUUGGUGCAGAGAUACUCGAAUUGCCGAGGCUCGGACGAUUCGUGGAUCGUCAAGUUCGACCAAGUUGACACUGCCUGGAAUUUCGACUCGUCCAAUUCGGUCCUCGAUGACGUCAACUUGGAGGUGAAGAAAGGGAAGCUCUACGUGGUUAUCGGAGCCGUUGGCUCGGGAAAAAGCUCACUACUGUCGACGAUUCUCGGAGAAAUGUGUCUGAUUCGGGGCAGCGUAAGUAUCCAGGGAAAGCUAGCUUACGCCAGUCAGGAGGCUUGGGUGUUUGGCGCCAGUGUACGGCAAAAUAUUCUCUUCGGUCAAGCUUACGACGAGGAAAGAUACGAAAAGGUCGUGGAGGCCUGUGCCUUGGAAAAGGAUUUCAAGCAAUUUCCAUACGGUGAUCAGACCAUCGUAGGUGAGAGAGGCAGUUCUCUAUCGGGUGGUCAAAAGGCCAGGAUCAACUUGGCCAGGGCCGUCUACAGAGAAGCGGACAUCUACCUGCUCGACGAUCCACUGAGUGCCGUCGACGCUCACGUGGGCAAGCACCUGUUCGACAAGUGUCUGCGAGGCUACCUCGGCGACAAAACUCGCGUGCUCGCGACUCACCAGCUGCAAUAUCUCAAGGGCGCCGACGUGAUUCUGCUGCUGGAUCAAGGUCGAGUGCGCCAAUUCGAUCGAUACUCCGACCUCUUGAAGGAUUUUCCAGAGUACGAAAAUCUCGCUGCGCAAGACGCCAAGUCAAAGAACAACAACAAUGCUAGCGAGGACAAACAUAAAUCGGAUUCGAACGUCAAACGAGUCACGAAUAUCGAUGCGUCCGACGAUAAGGAGAGAUUCGCCGAGCAACGAGGCAACGCCAUCGAGGCGACGUCCCGAGGCAUCGUCAAAGGGAGUGUACUGCUCAAGUACUUUUCCACUGGUUCGCACGCAGCCAGUGCUUACGGGCUUCUUCUGCUCUUUUUACUCGCUCAGUUCACAGCUAGUGCCAAUGAUUAUUUCAUUCCAAUUUUUGUCGCAACGAAAGAACAACCAAGCUACAAUGACACUUGGACCGAAGCGAGUGGAGAAGCGUCGAAGGCUUCCUCUUGGCCAUCGGAGUACUACAUGUACGCGUACAGCGGUCUCGUGGCCUCAAUUCUGCUGUUCGGACUGCUGCGCUCACUGACCUUCUACUCGCUGUGUCUGCGCUCGAGCCAGGUCCUGCACGAUCUCGCCUUCCGAGCCCUCGUGCGCACGAGGAUGCGAUUCUUCGACCAGAACCCGAGCGGCCGCAUACUCAAUCGCUUCUCCAAGGACAUGGGCUCGAUCGACGAGCUGCUGCCGCGAGCCAUGCUCGACGCCGGCCAGUACGCCCUCAUGAUUCUUGGUUAUCUGCUGGUCAGCUGCACGGUCAAUCCGAUCUUCUUGGCGCCCAUUGCCGUGAUCGCCGUGAUAUUCUACUUGCUGCGCCGAGUCUACUUGAAGACGAGUAAGAACAUCAAGAGGUUGGAGGGAAUGACUCGAUCGCCGGUAUUUACUCAUCUGAACGCGACCCUCAAUGGCUUAUCGACUAUUCGGGCUUACGGAGUACAGGACAUACUGAAGAAGGAGUUCGAUCAAUUUCAAGAUGUGCACACGUCCUCUUGGUUCAUGUUCAUCGCUUCAAGCUCGGCCUUUGGAUUUUCCAUCGACAUAUUUUACUUUAUAUUUACAGCUCUGGUUACCUUCAGUUUUUUACUUGUGCAAAACGAUUCUUCAAGCGGCAGCGUCGGUUUGGCCAUUACUCAAGUAAUGGCCGUAUCCAGUAUGCUUCAAUGGGGCAUGCGUAACUUUGCCGAGGUCUCCAAUCAGCUCAUGUCGGUCGAGCGGGUACUGGAGUACACGAAACUGCCCGCGGAAUCCAAUUUCCGUGACGACGAGGUCCUGAACGACAAGUCCAGCAAAAAAGCAGUUGCAGCAGCGGAAGCGAAUAAAUUGCUGAUCGAGCCACCGGUCGAUUGGCCGUGCUCGGGUCGCGUGACUUUCGACGACGUUCGCCUCAAGUACUCGGACGAGGAUCAACCGGUGCUCAAGAACUUGAGCUUCACGAUCGAACCUACGGAGAAAGUCGGAGUGGUCGGGCGGACCGGCGCGGGCAAGUCGUCGCUCAUAGCGGCUCUCUUUCGACUGGCCGACGUCGAGGGCUCGAUCAUGAUCGACGGUUUGGACACGGCCAAUCUAGCUCUGGAGGAUCUGCGCAAACACAUCUCCAUCAUCCCACAGGAUCCGGUCCUGUUUACCGGCACUCUGCGCUACAAUCUGGAUCCGUUCGGCGAAUUUACGGACGACCAGCUGUUCGAGGUUCUGGACGAGGUUGAGUUGAAAGACGCAGUCAAGCAAACAAACAAUGGAUUAGAGAAUCGAGUCCACGAUCGGGGCUCGAAUUACAGCGUUGGACAGCGCCAACUGAUCUGUCUGGCUCGGGCGAUUUUGCGAAACAAUCGAGUCUUGAUGCUGGACGAGGCCACGGCCAAUGUCGACCCUCAGACCGACGCCCUCAUUCAGAAGACCAUCAGGACCAAAUUCGCCCCCUGUACAGUUCUCACCGUCGCCCACAGGCUCAAUACCAUCAUGGACAGCGACAAAGUCCUCGUCAUGGACCAGGGCAGACUAGUGGAAUUUGAUCAUCCGCACAAACUACUACAGAAUCAGGACGGCUAUUUUACUUCGUUGGUAAAAGAGUGCGGCAGAGGCAUGUACGAGCAACUGUGCGACGUAGCUCGUGUCGCUUAUCUUAAUCGUCAUAAUUUAAGUCGAGGAGGACUGCGUAAAUGA